GCGGCAACCGAGUCCCAAAACACGCCUAAGCAACGCCCGAAAAAUUCGAUACACUUUCAUCCGCUGAAGCUUUUAAUACCUGUUUUCUAAUCACAGGAGUUUACAGAAAUUUGCUUCCAUUUCAAAAUGUCGAUGAUAGCGAAGAAUCGCUUGAAAAGCUCUUGGACGCCACUUAGUAACGAAGGCACGAACAACAAGUUAUUUGAAGAAAGAAGAGCUCUGGUCGGGAAAUGGUUUGACAAAUGGAACAGUGAGCAGAGGAAAAUUGUGCUGGGUGAUUUGAUUGACAAGUCUAAGGUUAAACAGCUGGAGUUCACGCGCGACCUGUUGCAGGAGAAAUGUCCCACAAUGCACUAUGACCUGACUCGUUCAUUGCCACGAUUCCUCAGUAUCUACAUAUUUUCCUUCCUGGACCCUCGCAGCCUGUGCAGGUGUUCUCAGGUGUGUUGGUAUUGGAAGCUUCUGUCUGAGUUAGACCAGUUGUGGAUGCCCAAAUGUCUGCGCCUAGGCUGGUAUGUGCCCUUCACUCCUGGCCCUUACGAGACAGGAGCAUGGAAGAGAACAUACAUCGAGCAUAUCAAAAGCCUAAAGGUCCUUCGCCCAUCGACUCAUUUAGACUUAGACAAGCUGAACACAGACCGCAGCAGGAAACCUCCAAAGUCACGCAACAAGAAUUGCCCUCCACCGUGGCGAGGAUCCGACCCUAAACCCACCGACAUCUGGAGAAACAACGUUCUGGACAAUGAUGAUGUUGUCAACUCAGUGGUCAAGCUAAGAGAGAGAGGAUAUUACAGCCACGAGGCCAAGAAAAUUACCCAGAAUGCUCAUAGCCGAGUGAAGACAGGUGCCAAUGUGCUAACAAAGGCAAAACGGUCGAAGUCUGCUCCUAGACUGAUAGAAACGGCACCCCCUGGUCUGUCAUAUCUGGACGAACGGCCUCAGUGGGGAAGUAAUGUCCAUCACAACACGGUCAAGUUUUCCAUGCAGUCUAACAUGAAGACCAAUGGGUUGCACACAGGCCAUGGCAAAGAGAAUACGGUUCACUCGGGACGGCCGCUGUCUGCCACAACCCAGCCCACUACGAAGUCAGCCUUUCAGGACACUCCAUCCAAGUCUGCAAGAGACCCACCAACAACGCCCAUGUUCCCUCAGCAGCCAUGGAAAGUUGCGGAGCCAGACGAGGAGGAUGAGUGAUCAUUGUUUUAAAUUUAUUAAUUCCCUAUUUCUGUGGUAAUUGAGGUUAAAUUAGCAUACUUGUACCUGCUGCUGAAACUUAUUAUGAAAAUUCAGAACAUCAGUGUCAAUAAGGUACAGUUAUCUUUUUUUUUCUGCAGGAAUGACAUGUAAUUUUUAUAUAGUUGAAGUCAGAAAAUAGAAAUUGUUCUCAACAAGAGACAGUAGUUCUCAAACUACCUGUAUCAUAAACUGUUUUAGGUAGAAGCAUAAUUUUUGGAUCUACCACCCCUGUAGACUACUAGCUGGCUCAGUGAUGAAAUGUGUCGGUGUCAUAUGGAAUGGAGGCCCUUCAUUAAUGUCCUCAGCUUAAUUUUUACUGUAGGUUUGUGCAAAAAGUUUUGAUUAGUACAGGGCGAGGUGUGAGACUUUUUUCCUACACAAACAAUGUUACAGCUGAGCUGUGAUUAGAAUGUGUUAUGAUUAUUCAGCAUGUGCAUUCAAGAAGGUAGAGCUAAUGUUCCCAGCACGUGAUACUUUUUUUGAAGUGCUAUAUUAAUUUAACAUCCACAUGUUUAUCUCUAUUCGAGGGAAUAUUAAUCAUCAAUAUUAGGCGAUAAGCGGGGAAUUUUGUAGAUGAGUUUGUUUUUACACCCUUGUGUUGUUGAAGUCCACUUGUUAACACAUAUAUGUUGUGCAGCUCAAAUCUGCUAUGAUCCGUUGGCAGAUUUGUGACGAUCUUUGCUAAAGGUAUAUUUAGACACAGUUUUUAGAGCUGUGUCUCGUAAUGCGUGGUCAAGCUUUUGUGGCAAAGCUGAUGACUGGUUUGCCCAACUCAAGUAUAUAAUCCGAUUCAAUUGACCUGCGAUGUAAACAGGAUGUACACAGGUGUGCCCAUGUGUAAAUAAUCAUAAUGGAAAGACAGAAAAAUUUAUACUCCGUUAUAUAUGAAAGUAAAUGCAGCUGUGUAUAAUUCUACUCAAACAUUCAAUUCUAACAAUGUAGUACAUGUACAUAGAAAUAGUUUAACAUCAUGGUGUUGGCAUAUAUCGCUACCAGUAUAAGAAAUUUUGAUAAUUAAAUGUUUUAUGUAUCUAUGCUUAGAUGUAUAUGAAACUAACCGUCCACUUUAUUUAUUUAUUUGAUUGUUAUUUUACGCCGUACACAAGAAUAUUUCACUUAUACGACGGCGGCCACCAUUAUGGGGGAGGAAACCGUUCAGAGCCUAGGCGAAACCCAUAAUGAUCCACAUGCUGCUGGCAGACCUUCCCGUGUCCACUUCAAUAUUGAUGUAAGUGUAUACAGCCAUAUCCUUGUUGAGAAGGAAUCAUGCCGGUCUAGCCCAGCAUCAGUAUGUGAUGGCCCAGUUUGAAGCCUUUUUAUCAUUUCAAUGCGACAUGUAGUAAAUGUAUACAUUUUUAACAGAUUAGCACAUUAUAUAUUUACAGUUAUACAAAUUGUUCAAAUAUUUAAUCGUUAUGUCUUCGUAUAUCUUUUAUUCACUUUGGCUUAUUCUGAAUGCUUUUUAUUUUUUUGUACCACUUUGAGCCUUUUUCUCUAGUAUAUAUGUCUUGAUUUUUUUGUUUUUUUGAAAUCAUGUCACUUCAACACAACAAUGAAACAACAGAAGCAUUGAAAUAGUUUCACUAUAAGCCAGAUGGUAGUCUAAGAAACCAGCAAUUGUUAAUUCCCUCCAUGUGCAGCAGGGGUGAAAUAGGGCAAUAUGAAAUGGGGAAAAAUCAGGUUCCCCAGGUUUUGUCUAUUGACAACCGGCCAAUAAAUCAGGUUUUAAAGCGCAUGCGUGUUAUUUGCUACCUUCCUUGCACUGGCAAAAACAGGAAACUAGGGCAAUCUCUGACUAACAUUUGCCUUUAAACCCCGAUUUAAGUUACGUCUUCCUUAUCUGGCAGAUAUAAAUUACCCGCGCAGUACAAGGGAGUGUGACGAACAGCGAGUUCAGGAAGUCCUGGAUUGUGAGCUUAGAGCCUGCCCGAGUUAAUUGAAUUAGUUUCUGAUAUGUCUAAUGCAAACCAUCCAGUUGAUUGCAGUCUACAUUAUAGUAGUUGAGCAUAACUAUGCAUACUUAUAAUAUACCUUAAUCCGUCCAGACGUAUUGUCUUCUCAGCUUUACAAGCUGGUAUUUGAUCAGGCGACCCAUCGUAGACUGUUGCCAAUCAAAUGGAUCAGGGUGAGCAGCUCUGCAUAUCAGUGGAAGGGCUUUACCAACCGAUUGGGUAACUAUAUAUAUAUCGUUGAUACCGUCCCUGUUUGUGGGUCAAACAAAAAGUUUGAUUAGGCGUGGUUAGUUAUUAAUGUGACUAUGAAUCAGUCUGCAAGCAACAUCAUUCAUGUGUAUGUAUCAUAAAUGUUGGCUUGUAAAGUAAAUAGGAGCGAUUUGAGCUUUUAGACACUUACAUAAGAGGUUAUGUACUUUUUGAGAAAUCAAGAAAAGAAACAACUCCUUCACAUUCCAUUUAUCAACAAAAACCAGUUUUUUUUUUAUGUGAAUCAUGUACUGAUCAUAUUGUUGGAUACUUAAAUUUACAUUUUUAUGUACAAGUAGAAUUAAAUAAAUAUUUCAAAUACGCUACAUACUGUCUUGCAUAUACAUGUACACUUGU